CUAUCUUGAUACAACAACUACAGCCGCUCGCAAGAGCGAUUGCUGCGCUACGGUUGUUACCCCAGACUGUUUGAUGGAGGUGGGUUUGACUGCUGUCUUUCACUCCCGGUCAGAAAAAUCCGGUCGGCCCGUCUCUCCCAUGCCACUAGUAUAGCCUCGAGGUUAGCGACCCCUGAUGAAUGCAGUACAUAAGGGCCGAGUGUAGGCCGAAUCUCGAUGCUGCUGUGGUGGAAGCCGCCGAGACGGAGGGCUCCACACGCAGGUACCCCGUGUUGAAGCAGAAGGCAUUUUUUGCGCGGUUGUUCCAACCUGCCGUGUGUGGGCAUGUUCUCCUGGCCACUGAUCGCUCCCGGGCCUGUUCGCCCACUCUGCGCCAGACGAGGACCGUGGAGGAUGAAGUGGUGCUGAAGUUUGUGCAGCACUGGAACGACAUUGGCUAUUUUGCACAAGGAGCACUGUAUCCCUGUUAUACUUGUGACUUAGGCCGAUCACCGCACUGCAAAGACGAGAGAAUGACGCAUUACCCUCUGACCUGUUAUUCCUCUGAAUUGGCACACUUUUACUCGUCCCAAGUAUGGCUAUUGCACCUUAUGUAUAAAGACUCAGUAAAGGGUGCCAACAACUGUACGUAUUCCAACCACCGACUGCUUUGCCGAAUUGCCGACCGUGGGCUGCGCCGGAUAGACUGCGCCUGAACGGGCUUCGCAGCAUAACUUUUUCUUCCAUUUUCUGUUUUCACGGAACACCAGUGUGUUGUUUGUGAGCCUGAUCAAUUUCAUAAAUUCGGCGAUAUGAAAAGAUACGCCAAGUCACAUAGUACUAUUGGUAAUACUGCUACCGAGCGCGGA